AUGGCUCGAGUGCCAUUGUGGAGGACCUUGAAGAAUGAUUCAGUGUCUCCCACACCUGGCCGAAAAUGUGGUGCUCAGUGGGCACGGAAGAUCAAGACCACGUCUCUGGUCGCAGCUGGUGACGUUGAGGAGAUCUGGGCGCUGUAUGUUCAACUUUUUGAGACCAAACCUGCUGAGUUGGACGCACCAGAACUCGCAGAGGAGCAUGAAGACAGCAGCAGAAACACGUGGAAUGACACAUCUGAGGACCUUGGGGUCGAUGAUGGUGGAAAGCCAGCGCUAUUCAACGAAUUUCGGUCGAAAAUUGGUUUGUGCGUGUGGGACGAGGGCACAUCGUCGAAGUUCCUCAAAGACAACGACGACAUGGAUCCGUUGUUGCUGCUGUGGCAUCAGUGUGUUGGUGUGGUGGUGAUCGUCAAUAAGAUCUGGUCUGCCAGCCAGAAGGAGGACAAGGUUCCAGGUAUUGUUGUCGCAGACAAGGUGGGCGUUGGUAAGACGGCCUUGACCAAGUAUCCCACUGUGGAGAACAAGUUUGGCGAGUUUUUCAACGGUCCUUGGGCGAUGUCUGAGCCUCUAGAAGCGGCCCAUUCAGUUCCCAUUGCAACAAUGUCAGCCACUCCACUUAUUCACCGUAUCAUAUUAGUCAAUCACUCCUCCAUGGGCACGAGCGGCAAAGUAUUUGACACUCGCAAAGGUCUCGCUGGACACAAUAGCAAUAAGGCAUUGCACAACACAUGCUCUCUGCAGAAACGCAAGCAGGCCACCAAAUGCAUCUGGGCUCUUCAAAAAUUCCUCACCAUGUCAGUCGAUGAGGUCCAUGAGAUGCGGAAUCUCACCGUGACCCUUGAAAUCACAAAAGUAGCGCUCGUGAAAUUGCUUGCCACGGGCACCCCAUUGUACACAGGGCCAAUGGACCUUUGCAACUUUGGCCGGUUGGCAAGGAUUCCUUAUUUCAUGGGCAAAGCUGGCGACGAACACGACAAGGCUCACGUGAAGCAACUGCGCGCCGCACAUCGAGCAAUAAUGAAAGAGGACAAAAGUGAUGCCACUGCACACACCAUUCAUCUGAUGGCCGGUGGAUUGUCCAACACCGAUGAUGGGCCUGAAGCCAGGUGUGGUUACAGUGGUCGGGUCAUUCGACGGACAGUGGAGUCACAGACUUUCGACAACCGCAAGAUCAACGACACAUUGAUGCCUUACAAGAUGGCAAUCCUCCCCGUGCUCCUCGACGACACGGAGCUCGAGAUUAACAUGAGUGUCAUGGCUCAAAUCACAGGCUCAGCAUGA